AUGGAGGACAUCGAGCCUGUCGACUGGACCACGCUGCCAACGGAGCUCUUUGAGCUCGUAGGCACCUUUCUUCCCACGAAAGACCUUCGCGCCGUCCGACUUAUCAACCGCAGUGCAAAUGAGAAGAUACUUCGGCACUACACCAAAGUCAACUUCUCAACCAUCAGCAUUCUGCUCUGCUACGCUACAAGCAUUCGCGAAGCAGCCAAGAUAGUCGCACACCCAACAUUCGGGACGGCUAUUCGUCAGAUCUCUUUGUGCGUCGACACGAUCAUUCUGAGAAACCCCUAUAUCAACCCGAACAGUUACCUGGAAAUAUAUGCCAUCGGGAAUUACUAUGAUGGUCACGACAAUGACGCCCAGAUUUUCAACUCUUCCGAGUGCAUCGACGAAAUCGCGGACAUGAAUGAGAAUGGCGAGGACAGGCAGAUCUUCGAGCGGGUUUGGCAGAGACUAAAGGAGAUCAACAAACUCGAAACGGUGCACUUGACGGAUAGUCAGCUCAUGGUCCCAGGAAGCGAGGUCGAGCAGCGAACACCCAUUGCCUGGCAAGAGUUUUGGGGCAGCGGCGCUCUUUCUUUCCCCUGCAUAGAGGCGAAGAAGCUUCCAACAUUGGUUACCGCUCUUGAUACCUUGGCCGAGAAAGAUCUCAUGCUGGACACCUUUUACAUGGAGCCGAAUCGAUGGGCAUACCUUGUGGAUGGCCCUUUGACUUCAAGCCACACUCUUGAUGCGAAGCUCUUCCGUCAGCUCAAGAAGCUGCAUCUGAGAGUGGCGCCAAGCCGUUCUGGCGACAGUGUGAGGUUCGGCAGUAUGACCGGCCUAGGAUCUUCGAUCUCUGCGAUGCGUCGAUUGAAGCAACUUACGAUCGAGUGUCCUGGAUGGUGUGUCAUGCACAAUCCUCGCUACACCCAGGAGCACCUGGAGGACGCCAUUCGGGGCCAGGUCGACCACGUUUCUCAUGUGAUGUUCGAGCACGACUUUGUGUUGCCUGGGACGGUAGAGCACCUCUACGUCAAGGCGCAUUGGGUCAGCCUUGUAGACAUGGGCGAUCUGAUUCGGACAAAUCCUCAACUCAAGACGCUGCAGGUCUACGCCGUCGUCCAGGAGGCAUUGGGUGACGAGCAUUCGAUGGACUCGGGUGAUGUCGUGGCAGAGCUGCGUGGCAGCACCGGGAACAGUGAGGUGGAACUGGACAUCCACGUUCCGUCGAAGUAUCGCUAUGAGGCAGAGAGGUAG